CCCCCGCGCCGGCGCGCUCCGACGUGCCCUGGAACUUACCCUCCCGGGGAGAGCUGCCUGCGGGGACGCGCCGGCCGCGGCCGCCGCCGAGUGAGCGCCCUUCGGGCUCGCCUGGGUGCCCCACUGCUGCCGCCGGCACGGGAGGGAGCCGCUUCCCGCGAGGCCGCUGCGCUCUCUGUGAGGUUUAAAUGUGACACUGGAUGUUUAGUUCUCCUUCUAAGCUCUCUUGAUCCACCAAGCCACAAAGCCAUAAUGUGGCAAAGCAUCCUUUUUGAGAGGUGAAUAUUACUGAAUAAAAAUGGCUGACAGAGGUGGAAAGAUUGUUCCAGGACAAGUGUAUAUUGAAGUGGAGUACGAUUACGAAUAUGAAGCAAAGGACAGAAAGAUUGUGAUAAAACAAGGAGAGCGAUACAUCUUGGUGAAGAAGACCAACGAUGACUGGUGGCAGGUCAAGCCAGACGAGAAUUCCAAAGCAUUUUAUGUGCCCGCCCAGUAUGUUAAGGAGGUCGGCCGUAAAGCUCUGAUGCCACCUGUUAAACAGGCUGCAGGGCUGCCUAAUAAUUCUGUGAAGAUGAUGCAGAGCCUCCACCUUCAGAGAUCAACAGAAAAUGUGAACAAAUUGCCUGAGCUUUCAAGUUUUGGAAAGCCCUCGGCGGCUGUUCAAGGAUCAGGUCUUAUCCGUGAUGCCAAUCAGAAUUUUGGACCCAGUUACAUUCCAGGUCAGACCCACAACCUCAGCCUGGACCUGACCCAUAAUAACGGAAAGUUCAACAGUGACUCACAUUCUCCUAAAGUUCCUGGCCAGAAUAGGACGCGCUUAUUCGGUCACUUUCCCGGCCCAGAGUUCUUGGACAUAGAGAAAACCAGCUUCUCCCAGGAACAGUCUUGUGACUCAGCAGGAGAAGGCUCCGAGCGUAUCCAGCAGGAUUCUGAGUCUGGCGAUGAACUCAGCAGCAGCUCCACUGAGCAGAUAAGGGCGACAACACCUCCAAACCAAGGGCGGCCGGAUUCUCCCGUCUACGCUAACCUGCAAGAACUGAAAAUCUCCCAGUCUGCUCUCCCUCCACUACCUGGAAGCCCAGCAAUUCAGAUUAAUGGUGAAUGGGAGACUCAUAAAGAUAGUUCAGGGCGUUGUUAUUACUACAACAGAGGAACGCAGGAGAGGACCUGGAAACCCCCUCGUUCGACUCGGGAUACAAACAUAAGCAAAGGCGAUUUCCAGAGCCCAGGAGAUCAAGAGCUGCUUUCAUCAGAAGAAAACUACCAGAGCAUUUGUUACAGCCAGUCAGAUAGUCAGUGUGGUUCUCCUCCAAGGGGUUGGUCAGAAGAGCUGGAUGAACGUGGGCAUACCUUAUAUACCAGUGACUAUACUAAUGAAAAGUGGCUCAAGCAUGUUGACGAUCAAGGUAGACAAUAUUACUACAGUGCAGAUGGAUCUCGGUCAGAAUGGGAAUUGCCAAAGUAUAAUGCCUCAUCUCAGCAGCAAAGAGAAAUAAUUAAAAGUAGGAGUCUGGACAGGCGGCUGCAAGAACCGAUAGUGUUAACAAAGUGGAGACAUAGCACCAUUGUGUUGGACACCAAUGACAAGGAAUCUCCAACUGCCUCAAAACCCUGCUAUCCUGAAAAUGAGUCUUCUCCCUCUUCACCAAAGCACCAAGAUACAGUUAGUAUGAUAGCACCCCUGCUGCCUCUUCUCCACUUGCCCUGUUUCCACGGAGUCUUGCCUGUCUUUCCCACAUUUACUCAGGGCCAAGAGAAAUAUGGAUUAUUAAAUGUAACAAAAAUUUCUGAAAAUGGGAAAAAGGUUCGAAAGAACUGGUUGUCCUCUUGGGCCGUGUUGCAGGGUUCUUCUUUACUCUUUACCAAAACUCAAGGAAGUAGCACAAGUUGGUCAUUCUGCCAUCAGGGCUCAGUCUCUGAGCUCCUGCUCUCGCUGCUUUCUUCUUGGAAAAACUCUGUCAGCCGCCGGCCUGCUGUCGCAUAUGUAAAAUCUGAUCCUGUUUCCGCUGUCACUUUUGGGAGUAAUCAGUCCAAACCAGAGUUCACAGUGGACCUCAGAGGGGCAACAAUUGAGAUGGCAUCAAAGGAUAAAUCCAGCAAGAAGAACGUAUUUGAGCUGAAAACCCGUCAAGGAACAGAACUGCUGAUUCAGUCUGAUAAUGACACUGUUAUUAAUGAUUGGUUUAAAGUUCUUAGUAGUACUAUCAGUAACCAGGUGGUAGAACCUGAUGAAGCAAUUGAAGAGGAGACACCAGACUCACCAGGAAUAGAAAAGCACGAUAGAGAAAAGGACCAUAAGGACCCGAAGAAAUUUCGUUCCACAAAAGUCUCUAGCAUAGAUUCUUCAGAACAGAAAAAAACCAAGAAAAACUUAAAGAAGUUUCUUACACGACGCCCCACUUUGCAAGCUGUUCGUGAAAAAGGUUAUAUUAAAGAUCAGGUAUUUGGAGCCAAUCUUGCUAAUCUGUGUCAGAGAGAGAACAGCACAGUGCCAAAAUUUGUGAAGUUGUGCAUUGAACAUGUUGAAGAAUAUGGGUUGGACAUUGAUGGUAUAUACAGAGUCAGUGGCAACCUUGCAGUGAUCCAGAAGCUGAGAUUUGCAGUCAAUCAUGAUGAGAAGUUGGACUUGAAUGAUAGUAAAUGGGAAGAUAUUCACGUCAUCACUGGAGCGCUCAAGAUGUUUUUCCGAGAAUUACCAGAACCUCUCUUUACAUUUAAUCAUUUUAAUGAUUUUGUGAAUGCAAUUAAACAAGAACCAAGACAGCGUGUCUCUGCUGUGAAGGACCUCAUCAGACAGCUGCCAAAGCCCAAUCAGGACACGAUGCAGAUUCUGUUCAGACAUCUCAAAAGAGUGAUAGAAAAUGGCGAAAGGAACCGCAUGACCUACCAGAGUAUAGCGAUUGUUUUUGGUCCCACUCUGUUAAAGCCAGAGAAGGAGACUGGUAACAUAGCGGUUCAUACUGUCUACCAAAAUCAGAUUGUGGAAUUAAUUCUUCUGGAAAUAAAUUCCAUCUUCGGACGUUGACUCUUACUGAAGACAACCUGUGGACUAGAAGCCGGAUUUCAUCAGCUUUCAGAUCCUUAGACGUGACGUAUUUUAUUUUUGGACCAAGCAGUGACUGAUUUUGCACUUUUUUGAGGGAUCAGAAGGGAAUGGGAGAGUCCAGAUGGAUGUGUGUUAGGCCCUCAUAUUUGCUGCUUUGUUGCGAGUUGAUAGAACUGUGUGUACUUUUGAAUUAAUUUUCUCCUGAAUGUUUUGCAUUUCAUACUCUGAAUUUCAGCAAAAUUCCAAACUUGCAAUUCUCACCAGUCAUAUACACUGGAGAAUUUGGUAAGAAUACUAGAUUUUUUUUUUUUUUCUUUCCCCUCCUUAAACUGGAAAAUAUAGAGUUUCUUCUCACGAUUGGAUAGGUUCAUCACCCAUUGGAAGAGGACUCACUAUCAAUUCUUUUGAAAACGCUCCUGGGCAUUUUAAGCAACAUGAAGUAUCUCUGUUUUGAAACCUGUGUAUUUCUUUUUCAGGGUGUCUGCAUGCAGUGGCAUUGUAAGUGCUAGGACCCCUGAUAACCCAGGCGUGAGCCCUUGGUGAAGGCUUGCUGCCCUUUGCCGUGUCUCCUUCCUGGAUAUCUUAGUUGCUUGUUUGGGCAGCACACUAAUUAAUAGUACUGAAAACACUGUGAUAAACUGGAGUUUAAUUUAGCAUAUAGCCAGUGCAGGGUAUCUGGGGGCUGUCCGUGCUACCCUGACUCGUAGCUAACAAUCCUAAUUAUACCUAGUGCCAUACUGACUUCUUGGUAAUGACCCUGUGGAAACCACCGUGAUUUGAUGUAAAUACAGGCUCAAGACUCACCAUCCUCCAGCUUCUGUAUAUAAUUGUGUUGUAUAGUCUCAGAGUACAUUCUAACCCUCCGUGUCUAAUCACGGUAUCGGUAAUCUUCUCCGUGAAUCUUAGGUUUCCUCCAGAAAUAGGCCGUUAUUUGAGAAAGUUGACGGUGUGCACUUUCAGACUUUAAUUACAUUUCCAGGCAAAUCACUGUAAUGCAAAUGGUACUGGAAAAAUAACUGAAUAGACUUGCUAAAUGGUAAAUGCACUACAAGAGGAACCUUUUAGAUUAUUUAAUAUGUACAGAAUACAUUAGAAAAAAAAUUUAUUACAGAAUUCUAACUCUGCAGUCUGAAUAGUGGAAAACCCUAUGUAAAUCAGAUGGCUGUCAGAUCGAAAAUGACUUUGCUAAAUUUGAGAAUUUCUUUUUACAUGACUAAUGUAGAGUGGUUUGUAUAAUAAAACAGGGUUUGGCAGGUUUUGUUACAGAGAGCAUGGUCUGCUGAAGAUUUUUUAAAAUGUAUUUUUCUAGAUUAACUGCUGUAUAUGAAAUGUCUAAUCUGAAUAAAGAAAGCUAUAAGAGGUUUAGAGAUUUUUUUCCAUCGGAAACGUGCAUUUUGGUUUUUAAUUUUUUUUUUGUUUGUUUUUGCAUUGACUGGCACACUCUUAUACCUCAUUUUUAAAAAGUCAACGGAAUCCAAUAUUUCCUGUGGCAAAUAUGUUUUCUUCAUUUCACACCUUUUCUGCUCCCGCCACACCAGGGCCCCCUCCACCCGCCCCCACCCCUGCCCCCACUCUUUACUUCUUCAUCAAUAUUUGAAAAAGGAUGAUUUGUAACCAGGACUCUUUUUCUUAGGGUUGCUUUUUUAAUUUACCAAUUGCCUUCCUCGGGAACAAAUAUUUUUUUUGUAUGAUCCGUCUAAAAACCUCUCACCUGAGUUUAUGGUGAAACUGUUUUGUGUUGUUGUGGUCUUGUUAAAUUGGUAACAAACCAAGCUACCUGACCGCUGUGGGAAAGUAGAUUGGGGAGGAAGAAAAAACCCCCAGGGUGAGAAUGUUUAUAUUUGCCUAAAGAUGUCCUUAACAAUACACAGUAUGCUUUAGGCCUGGCCUAUGUAGUGAUUGUAUGCCAGAAAUGCAGUUAUACUCAGAUCAGUGAUGUUCUCUCUCUUGGUAGUUUUGAACAUAUCAAAGAUUAAAAUUGUCCUGUGUUUCUUGUUUCAAAGCACACACGUGUAUGUGAAGUCUUAAGUGUUUUAUUAGCCUACAGCUAAUCAGCUUAUUGUAAUAUUGUGUGUACAAUGAGAUCAAUGUUUUGUGUUUUCAUCCUUUGUGAAUUAAAAAUUCUCACUUGUUUUUUUUUUUUUUUGUAGUAACAAAACCAGUAAUAUUUUCUGGUCUUGACAGCUUGAUUUUUAGUAGAAAAUAUAUUAAAGGCUGAAAUAAAUUGUCA